UUUCAGUUAGCACAAUAUGUGUGUAUAUAUUACUGUUUUUUCUCUUCAGUGACAUAUUUCUGGGUAAUUUCUCAGGCAUUGAAGUUGUGUGAAGGGUUUGCAAAGAGGGGGUUUUUUUUACAUUUUGCCCUUAAGAUGUUCUGAUUGAUGGCCAUUCCUAUUUCUGGUAGAAGAGGAUGCAAUAACUGAGGGCCUGCUGUUGAGACAACUUUGCCACCUGGGCCAUGAGAGCUUUGCCACAGGCUCCAUCAGAUGAGCUCCUCUAACAUACAAAGGUAUAUCUAUAUAAAAAAAGCCCCCUCAACCCCAUACCUGAUGAAGCUCUACAUGCCCCUGAAACCACACAAGUUCUGCAGUUCCCAAGCCUGCCUCUCUAUUUAUCCUCAACCCCAGUAAAACCCAGAAAGGGGGAAACAACAAGCCACCAUUUAUCUCUGCCCACUUCAUGAAGUGGAUCAUCAGAGAAGGGAACAACUGCAGGCAUCUCCCCCUUCCCGGAGAAGGAGCAGAGAGGAGGAAACUGAUGCCCAAAUCUCCCGUGGCGGCGUGGGACCCGUUUUGGGGAGGAUCUUCACGUCCCAAGCAAGGUCUGCAACGUCCGCCCUACACCUCUAUCUGCCUGACCAAAAGAGGUAGAGAGAAACAAGUUCCCGCUGCAGAACCAGCAGUACGAGUGGGGCGAGUGGAAGGAAGCAGCUCGCCACCAGCAACGCCAUGCCCACGCCCCCGCUGGCAGGAGGCGAGGCAAAGACGACGCAGCCCUCCCUUGUUCGGCGGGGGGCCGCAAUGUUAGGGGCAUCCUCCUAGUCGCCCCCUCCUCCCUCUCGAAAGCGAGUGAUUCUAAAGGUGGCACAAGGCGUGAUCUCUGUCCGGGAUCUGCUGAGGGGAAAUUCAGGCACGAGCCCCAGCAGAACCGCCCCAGCGCAGCCAGAGCGCCCCACAGAGCGAGACCCGGGCGGCAGCCCCCGGAGGACGAUAGAUUCCCGAAGCGGCGAGCUCAUCGAUCGUUCGAUCGAUCGAUCGUUCGGUCAGCUUGGCUGGUCUGCGAGCCCGAGACAGGAGGGCGAUCGAUCGAACCUUAAGGCGCUGGCGCGCUCCGCCCUUGCCCUAGUUGGCGCCAUUUUGUGCGGCGGCGGGCGAAGCGGCCGGGCGAGUGUUUUACAGUGUAAUGAGAAUUCAUGUCUGAUCUUGAGCAAUGCUGAAACCUACAGCCACUGUCUUUUCAUUGGAGAAUUUAUUUUUUGAAAGACCAGAUGCAAAUCAAAAAUAUUUAGAACAUGAAGAGCCAAAAAAUUGGUAUCUUGCACCUGCUCCGUCUGUUACUGGAAUUCCAACCACUCAGGAGUUACAGAAGGAAUUGGAAAAAAAUAACUGUUUAGAUGGAAAAGAAGUUAAAGUACAGUCAUUUCCUGAUGCUUCAAAGACUUUUGGCGUGGAAGGAACUGUAGAAAAAGAUUUGGGGUUUUUGAGGGCUGUUACAGAAAUUCCUGCUCAGUUUAGAAAUAUUUUCAAGGAAUUCCCAUAUUUUAACUACAUACAGUCCAAGGCUUUGGAUGAUAUUCUUUACACAGAUAGGAACUUUGUGAUUUGUGCUCCGACUGGUUCUGGAAAAACUGUAAUGUUCGAACUAGCUAUUACAAGGUUACUAAUGGAAGUGCCGAUGCCUUGGUUAAAUAUUAAAAUUGUCUAUAUGGCUCCAGUAAAAGCUCUGUGCAGUCAGCGUUAUAAUGAUUGGAAAGAUAAAUUUGGACCUAUAGGGCUUUGCUGUAAAGAACUGACAGGAGACACAGUGAUGGAUGAUUUAUUUGAAAUACAACAUGCUCACAUUAUUAUGACCACACCAGAAAAAUGGGAUAGCAUGACUAGAAAAUGGAGAGACAACUCGUUAGCCCAACUGGUACGACUGUUCCUCAUUGAUGAGGUACAUGUUGUGAAAGAUGAAAGCCGUGGUGCAACACUUGAGGUUGUAGUUAGUCGGAUGAAGACUAUACAGUCUUCCCUUUCACGUAUCUCAGAGAAUCCUGACAUGCUUACUCCCAUGAGAUUUGUGGCUGUUUCUGCAACAAUCCCAAAUGCUGAGGAUAUUGCAGAUUGGCUUUCAGAUGGUAUGAGACCUGCUGUAUGUCUGAAAAUAGAUGAAAGUCAUCGACCUGUGAAGCUUCGCAAAAUAGUUCUUGGAUUUCCUUGCAGUAGCAACCAAACAGAAUUCAAGUUUGACUUAACACUUAACUACAAAAUAGCUAGUGUUAUACAAACAUACUCUGAACAAAAACCAACUCUUGUGUUUUGUGCCACAAGAAAAGGAGUACAGCAGGCUGCCUCAGUUCUUGCAAAAGAUGCUAAAUUUAUGAUGACUAUGGAACAGAAACAAAGAUUACAAAAGUGUGCAAAUUCAACAAAAGAUACCAAAGUGAGAGAUCUUUUAAUGUGUGGUGUGGCUUAUCAUCAUGCUGGUAUGGAGAUAUCUGAUAGAAAAAUAAUUGAAGGAGCUUUUACUAUGGGAGACUUACCAGUACUUUUUACUACUAGUACCUUAGCUAUGGGAGUAAAUUUACCUGCACAUCUGGUAAUUAUAAAAUCUACAAUGCACUAUGUUGGAGGAAUGUUUCAAGAGUACAGUGAAACAGAUAUUCUGCAAAUGAUUGGGAGAGCAGGGAGGCCUCAAUUUGACACUACCGCUACAGCAGUUAUCUUGACUAGGUUAAGUACGAGAGAGAAAUAUGUACAGCUGUUAAAUGGUGCAGAUACAAUAGAAAGCAGUUUGCACAAACAUCUUGUUGAGCAUUUAAAUGCAGAAAUAGUGUUGCACACCAUCACAGAUGUGAAAAUAGCUUUGGAAUGGAUACGAUCAACUUUCCUAUACAUCCGAGUUUUGAAAAAUCCAGUUCAUUAUGGUUUUUCGCAUGGAUUAGACACAGUUGGAAUUGAAGCAAAAUUACAAGAAUUGUGUUUGAAGAAUUUGAAUGAUUUGUCAUCUCUUGAUUUGAUCAAGAUGGAUGAAGAAUUUAAUUUCAAACCUACAGAGACUGGAAAACUAAUGGCUUGGUACUAUAUUGCAUUUGAUACAGUGAAACAGUUUUCCACAAUUAAUGGAACAGAAACUUUAUCAGAACUGAUCACAAUGAUAUCCGGCUGCGUUGAAUUUUCAGAUGUCAAGUUAAGAACAAAUGAGAAGAAAAUAUUGAACACUUUGAAUAAAGACAAGAACAGGAUAACUAUCAGGUUUCCAAUGGAAGGGAAGAUAAAAACAAGAGAAAUGAAAGUAAACUGUCUUAUUCAGGCUCAAUUUGGAUGCAUUCCUAUUCAAGACUUCACUUUGACACAAGAUAUAGGCAAAAUUUUCAGACAUGGCUUAAGAGUUACUAAAUGGUUGUCUGACUUUCUGGCAUCACGUAAAAACAAUUUUCCUGCAUUAUUAAACUCUUUGAUUUUAGCUAAAUGUUUCAGGUGCAAACUGUGGGAAAACUCUCUGCAUGUAUCCAAACAGCUUGAAAAAAUUGGUGUAACACUAUCAAAUGCAAUGGUAAAUGCAGGUCUGACAUCGUUUAAAAAAAUUGAAGAUGCAAAUACAAGGGAACUUGAAUUGAUUUUAAACAGACAUCCUCCUUUUGGAAACCAAAUAAAAGAAUCUGUGCUACACCUGCCAAAAUAUGAACUUGGCAUUGAACAGCUUGCAAAAUACAGUGAUACAGUGGCUGAAAUCUUAGUGACCAUCAUAUUAACAAACUUUGAACAGCUUCAGAUUAAGAGAACUGCACCAGAUUUUCACUAUGUUACCUUACUCAUAGGAGAUGCUGAUAAUCAAGUGGUUUUUAAACAGAAAACUAUGGAUUCUGUCUUGCUGAAAAAUGGAAAUUGGACUAAAAAAAUUGAAGUGAAAAGAGCUCUUAAAUCUGAGGAACUUAGUAUAAACUUAAUUAGCUCUGAAUAUGUUGGGGUGGAUAUUCAGCAAAACUAUACAGCCUUUUACUUAGGACCAAAAAGGUUUGGAAAUGAAGUGGUUUUACAAAGAAAAUUAGAAGCUGAGUCUUCACCUAUGUAUCAUGCCUCUUCAAUAAGAUCAACAGGAGCGAGAAAGGAUACAGGAGGUGCCUGUAACCGAGGGACCACUUACAUGAAACUUGGGACCAGAGAAUGCAGCCAUCACUGCAAAAAUAAAGAUGUAUGUGGACACGACUGCUGUAAAAUUGGAGUUUCACAGAAAUCUGAGUUAAAGAGAGAUUCAAAGUUUUCUUCAUACCUAGCUGAUUUAAGGAACAGAAACUCAAUUUCAUUCGUUCCCCCAGUCAAACAACUAAAGAUGCAGAUACAGUUAAAUAAAUCUCAAAAUGUGAAUCUGAAACAAUUUGUUUUUACACCAAAAUCUUUGCUGCCAGCAUUGCCAAGGUCUGACUACACACAGUCUUCUGCCUCAGCUUCACGAGAACACUGGAAUAAUGUUAACAUCCUUGGUAGACCUCAGAACCAACUGCAAUCAGAGAGUUAUGAAAAGAGUAAUCUCUCUUGGGAACAUUCUGUGACUGUAAGUGAGGAGAGCCAUCAGACAAUGACGUCAAAGAAAAAUUUUAAAGAAUCUUUAAUGCAUAAUUUGACUAAUGCAGAUAAAAGCAGCUCUUGGUUUUCAGAGGCUUUGAAUGUGAACUUUGAAUUGGGAGAUGACGUUUGGGAUGAUUUUGAUGACAAAUUAAUAUAUGCUAGCAAUUUUUUCACUGGUGUGGAGAGUAGAGAAGAUUUAGGAUCUGGAAACACCUACUUUCAAAGUACAAUAGAAUGUAAACCACUGUUUCAGAAUUCAGAGAGCAAAGUAACAAGUGACAUUUCAAAAAAUUUUUGCCUGUUACGAGAUGAGUCUGAUGUUCAUUUACAAAAUUCUGCCUCUUCCACAUUAAAAUCACCAUCAGAAAAGAAACUAUCUGUACAAUAUGGAAAUACAAAUACUUUCAGCUUCCAAAAAAGAAAACAUCCAAAUCCUCCACAAGAGUUGAAAAACAGAGAGUUUUCUCCAAACUCAGAAAUAAUCUCAGGUUCUUCUCAAUUCAUUGGAAAGGAGAAUUUUUUUAUUGGCAACAAAGAAAGGAAAAAAGAAAUUGAUGUCAGAUCUCUUUCAGAUGAUGAAACCAAUGAUGUUAAGCCUUUUCUUGGAAUAUUUGAUGGCAUUUUCUAAAACAUAAACAAGAUAUAUUGUAAGUGCUGAAACGUAUUAUACUCUUAUUUCCAGAAUGAAAACUUUAAAUAUAGUUAGAGGAUUUUCUUUAAUAGCUGUUCAUUAAUAGCCCUCUUUGCUACACAGACUAGAUAAUGAAAUUGCUAGCUAAUUUAUUUACAGAAUUCCAUGUAUGUUUUAUCUUUUAAAAAAAUUAUUAAAAUCUUUGUUUAUCUAACUUGCUGUUUUUAGGAUUGGAAUGAUAAACAUAUUUGACAGUCUCUUAUUAAAGGGGAUAGUUUUCAAGCUAAGCACUUUUAGUAUAAAUCAUAUGUAAUUUUACCAUAAGAACAAAGAUGUUCGUAAUAUGCAUCUGCUCACAGAACACAUUUUUGUGUAACUGAAAUGUUGUUCAUUAACAAACUUAUUAUGCUAUUUGUUUUUAUGAUGUCUGUUAGGUAUCCCAUUUAGACUGAAUUUUUCAUAAUACUGAUUAUUUCUGAAACAAUGAGAUUUACAAAUAAAAAGAAAUAGACUGAAUAAUUUAAUAUAUUCUGUACUCUGUAUUUCAUUCUAAAGCGCUAUAAACCUGUAAUGUAUUUGUCAACAUUAAAACAUUGUAUAGCAUUUUCCAUGCAAAAUAUCUCAGAAUGCACCACAAGACAGUUUUAAAAUAUGUCCACAAAGAAUGACUGGAAGUAGUAUUUGGGUGUUGACAUUGCUACUUAAACUUAUAAAAUAGGCAUUUAUGCAUUUUAAGUCUGAUUUGUACAUGUUAAUAUUGGAUUUAAGCAUCCUGUUAAAGCACCAAUGCUUGAAUAUUAGGCUUCCCAAAUUAAUACAGUUAUGGAAAUAUAGAAUAUUACAUAAAAAUCUAUAUUAAGAAAAUGUUACAGUUGCACUGUUAACCACUCAGAAGUAAGGAAAUACCAUUGUUUUGGUUUUGUAUUUUUGAUUUUCUUAUCCUUCAUAAUAUUCAGUUUAGAAAAUGUUUGGAGAAUAAAUCAAAACAGACUAUGAAUUAGAAAACACAAUCAAGACAAGCAAACAAAAGCUACACAAUUGAAAAACAGAGGCAAAAACACUCCCCAUUUUGACAGACUGAGGAUUUGAUCCUAUAUGUUGAGCACUCUGAAUUGACAACUUCAGUGAGAGUUGAUAGUGCUUAGCGCCUGACCAAAAUGAGCAGGAUACAUUUUCUAAUUUUUUUCCUCUCUAAUAAUUUAUCUUUCCGUUGCUAUUGACUAUUUUGGCUACAAUUGCACAUUGAGUGAGAUAUUUCCAUUGAGUUGUCUUCAGUGGGGCCUAGAUCUUAGUUGUUUGUAGGUUAGAAAGUACUUUAAAUUAGUAUUGUCAAUUUAGAUUUAUUAUGUAAUAAGUAUUUUUAGUUCUGAUUGUACAUGCAACUACAGAUUCUGAUAGCAAAUUAUUUUAACUGAAUUUUUUAAAAAUCAGCAUUUUUUGGAAUUAUGGUAACCUUCCUUGUUAGGAGACAGCCAACAGUAAGGGAAGGCAAAAAAGCUAAAAACACACAAUAAAUCUAAAUUGACAGUGCCAAUUCAAAGUACUUUCCAACCUACCAAACACUAGAAAAAGAUCUAUACCUCAUAGAAAACAUGGUAGCCCUUUCCUACAGGAGGAGAUGAUAUAGGUCAAUAUGAAGAGCUUUUUGGUGAGUGGUGCAGAACAAGGCCCGUAUUAUUGCUCCUUUUCAAAAUUAGAUGUGCCUGUAUGUGUCCCAAAAUUGAACACCACCUGAAUUUGAGACUUUAUACUUCACCUACAUUUGCUAGUUUUAUAUUGAGAAUAUUAUCUUGAAGAUAUUAUCUUUGAAGUUAUUCUCUUUUCCCCUUAAAUUAAAGCUUACCCAAGUGUAGGGGGUUAGCAGUUAUUACUGGAAUUUUUACAUCUUCAAACUGGUUAAUUUUCUAUAGCCAAAUUUCAGAUUUCUCCUGAUAGGUUUUCCUCCCCAUAUGAAUUUUUCAUUUCAUAUGCUGUUCAUCAAUAAUCUGUCCUCCAUGUUUUGGGGAAUAUCAUCAGUUUGUUUGUAAUUCAUGUUCAUAUUUAUUCUGAUAGAAAAGGCUUUCAUUUCCAUUUUGGUGUAU